CCGCCGACAAAGCAGCACUUGCACAACCACAGGUGGCUAUCAUUCAUGCAAAUACUGAACUCAAGUCAUUCAAACAUGAGAGCGUGUUUCCAUUGAGAUAUGCGCUGAACACUGGAGAGGUGGGCUCUGUGCUGGACUCUUGUUAUGGAUUUGAGAUCAACACUUCUGCUCACUGGAGGCUCUGCCUGCUGUUUCAAACUGCUGAACACAGUCAUCAGAAUCCUGCCAACACCACAGCCGGCACAGAGGAAAGCCUGGAAGUGGAGGAAUAUCAGCACGUCAUUAGCUCACAGCUGCCUGACAGGAGCGGGGGCUGUUUCAUGCUUCUACCUUCAGCCUCAGAUGAUGGAGGACCUGAUCUCCUUUUGCUCCCUGCGCACCCACAUUCUUGUAACCGUGUCCACAGGGUAUUUUAUCCAUGACUUCCUAGACAUGGCCUUGAACCAGCCAUUCAAACAGUCCUGGGAUCUGCUCCUUCACCACUCUUUGGUGAUCUCAUGCUUCAGUUUGGCUGCAACGUCCCGCCUCUACCUGGGUUUUGCAGUCGUGUCUCUGCUGGUAGAGAUCAACUCUGUUUUCCUUCAUCUCAGGCAGCUCCUCCUCCUCUCGGGACGGAGGAACAGGCCAGGCACCGAACUCACAGCCCCUCAGCCCUCUCUUGCCUACAGCAUCACCAGCUGGCUCAACCUGGGAACGUUUUUGGUGUUUCGCGCCUGCACGUUGGGCUGGAUGACCCGCUGGCUGGCAGGUCACAGUGAACACAUUCCUCGUUAUGUCCUGAUGAUGGGGACCACCGGCCUGAGUCUCAUCACCAUCAUGAACAUGGUGAUGUUUUAUAAAAUGUUUAAAGCAGAUAUCCUCAGCAGCAUGCGCAACACCAGAGAGAACCACUAG